AUGGACUCCGAGAGCGACAGCGAGGACGAGCCGUCGCCGUACGACUCGCCGAUGGCAGAAGAGCCCGAUCCCGCGGGGUCUAUUUCGGCAGCGUCGGCGGGGGGAGAAGGAGAAGCGGAGAGGGACGCGGCCUCUCCGGCCGCCGAGGAGGAGGAGGAGCGAGAGGAUCAUGACGCCGCGGUCUCGGAGCCGGACAGCGAGGCGGACUCUCUCCGCGCGCGCGAGGACGCCGAGGCGGCGGAAUGGCUCGGCACGCCGACGAAGAAAGAAGAGCUCUGGGCCGCGGAGAAGAAAGAGCGCGAGGCGAAAUACGCGCAGAUGGAGGACGACAUCUUGAAGGCGUUUCAGCGGAAAAAGAUGGAGCGCGCGGUGCGCGCGCACGAGCGGUUCGAGAGCAUGCUGGACGACGUCAUGAGCGGCAUCGACGGCGUCAAGAAGGACGCGGAGACCCCGAGCGGGAUCCUCCACGAGAUGGACGAUAUGGUGGACAAGCGGCGGGCGGCGUACGAGCGCAAGCGCGAGGAGAUCCACGACGAGUGGCAGAGCGACGUCUUCGAUCGCAUUCAGAGGCAGGUCAAGGCGCACGUCGACGCGAUCGACCCGGAGGAGUUGUCCGAUCGGCUGCGCGCGUAUCACGACGAGUACUACGAGAGGGACCGCGAGAAGCAAGAGUACAACCAUCGCAGCGGCUUGUUCUUGGACGAGUGCCUCGCGUACGAUUACGACGCGUUCGAGAAGAAUCGCGCGCACGCGUUCCAGUACACGAUCGACUCGCUGAGAGACCCGACGAAGCGCGACGUGCACAAGUUCGUCAAGGAGAAGCUCGCCGCGGGACUGAUCAAACGCGAAGCCGCGUUGGCGGGGACGACGCCGAAAUACACGCUGGAGUCGAAGCACUGGAACAACCUCAAGUACACGAUGCACGGGCGGUACGUCGACGAGGACGGCAACGCGCUCGCGCCGGACGCGGCGAUUCCCGGGUACUUCCGGCAGUGCGACACGGAGACGGGGGAGAAGAUGUGGAACCGACACACCGCGGAUCUGACGCAGUACGACGCGCCGACGGGAAACGAGUUCGCGAACGCGGAAUGGGAGCGCUGGCGCGGGACGCAGCACGUCCAGAUGGACUACGGCCCGCACGGCAAGCUAUCUCUGAAGGGAGAGAGCUCAUGGAAGGACUACCGCGGCGGCGAGCGCAUGCGAGAGCUCGUGGAGCAGAGGCGGCCGCCGGGGGUGACGGGGGGCGACUACGAGCUCGAGAAGAAGCCGCACAAGACGUCGAUGCGGGACGAACCCGGCAUUCCGGGGCUGGAGGGCCGCGGGAACCUGUUCGGGGUAACGCAGAUGCAUUCGCUGCCGCCGCGCGAGCGCGCGAGCGACCAGCGGUUGGACUCGAAGGGCGACGCGUGGCGGCGGUACGGCGCCGGCAGCGGGUUGCGCGCGCCGAUCCCGCCGCCGUGCGAAGUUCGGCGAAAUUUCGACUCGCUGCAGGAGUACAUCUCGGAGCAGCAGCCGACGUUCUUCAAGCGCUCGCACCCGUCCGAGCUGUUCGGCGAUCGGUGGCUGGAUCUGAAGGGAAAAGACCCGGUGCACGGGCGGCGGCAGUCCACGUACGCGGAUCAGAACGGCAUGUACAAGAUGCUGACGCACUCGCACGAGUACGAUUUGCGCGAGACGCGGCCGACGGGACCGACGCGCGAGCAAAAGGCGUGGGAGGCUGGCGGGCCCGCGGCGGGCGGGUCCGGGAGCCAGCGACGGAGCUUCAUCUCGGGAGGCGGCGGUGGGCUGAUGAAGAGGGACAAAGGCCGCGGGUUCGAGUACGAGCGCAGCCAGCGCUAG